AGACGUGCUACAUCUUAGCAAACUCCCAGCACUAGGAUGCGUAUCUACAAACUGCAAUGCCGUGAGUCGCAAUAGCUGCUGCGAUGUGCAAGAAUAUUUUGGGUGCAUUCUGACUGGUGGAUUCGAUUCAACAUGAACGGCCCUGAAGGAAAUGCAGGAAGGAGCAACACCUUGCAAGCGCUGCCGUUUUUGAUGGUCUUUGGUGGCUGCAUGUCGGCUGUCAUUGCCAUGGAGUAUAUUCUAAAGGCAAAUCCCAAGGCCGGAAAUCUCUUGAGCCUCUCAGAGUUUGCCUUCGUUUUGAUCCAGAGCCUUCCCAGCAGAAUAGAGACAAAGGCCGGCGCCAUAUGCUUACGUUCCCUACAGAUGCCGAAGCAGAGCCAUUUCUACCAUGCUGCUCUUUGGGUCUCUAUGUCAGUUUUGGCAAACGUGGCAUUCAGCUUUAACAUUUCGGUGCCAAUCCACACCCUCUUUCGAUCCUGCAAUGUGAUCGCUUCAGUUCUACUCGGGUACGUGCUCUUUGGUCAACACUACUCUGUGAAGCAGCUGGUGUGUGUCUUCUUUAUCACUGUCGGCAUUUUUCUAGGGAGUGUUGGAGAUGCAAAGCAGUUUGUUGGCUGUCCGAAUUGUGAUGGCCCAGGUGCAUCAACUGCGACCGUGUCGGAUGAAGGCUUCAUGAGGUGGAGCAUUGGAAUCGCUCUGCUCAUCUUUGUACAGAUGCUUCAAGGAUUCCUUGGACACACCCAAGCAGUGCUAUACAAGCGUCAUGCGAACUGUGGGACAAAGAGUGAGCUCGCAGAAGAGUUCUUAUUCACUUCUCAUUUGGUGACCUUCUUCCCAUUUAUAUUCUUGUGGGACGACGUCAUGUUGGCAGGAAGGCUUGCUUUGGAGUCUGCUCCGCUGAGCAGCAGCCUACCAAUUCCGACUCAGUUCUUAUUCUUUCUGGCCAACAAUCUGUGCCAGCUCGUUUGCAUAAAGGGAGUGUUUAGACUCUCUGCCCAUUUCUCUCCCUUGACUGUGAACAUCACACUCUCGGUGAGGAAAUUCCUGUCUGUCGUGGUCUCGAUCAUUUGGUUCGGAAAUGCCUGGACAAAUCUCCACAGCAUUGCCACCGUGGCAAUUUUUGGAGGUGUCUUUGCAUAUUCCCAGUGCAAGCCUGUCAUGGCCGAUAUGAAAGACAAGGACUCGAAAAGAGAUUGAUGCUCAAAGAGAAGCUGUGCAAAAUGAUGAAUGGCGGAGAGAGGCUGUCGUGAUCUGUAGUGCAAGCCGGAGUAGCCGUAGUAGCCGUAGUAGCCACAGGACUACAACUGCGCCUGGAUUGCCCGUGGUACUUCCUUGAUUGGGGGCACUGGG